AUGGUCACUGUCGAACCAGAAACAUUUCUAGAGUACAUCAUAAUUGAGUACCGAUGGCUACUCGUCAUCACCAUAUUAAUGCCACUGUCUUUUCUUUGGAAAGUUUGGUCGACAGCAAGAAACUUUGUUGUAUUUAAGCUGAAUAGUGCGCCAAAAGCCCACGAGCGGAAGGUCAGAGAAGUUCAAAAACAGGUGAAAGAUUGGUUAUCCGGAGACCGAAGUACACGACUAUGCACCGCAAGACCGACUUGGCAGACGAUGUCUUUCCGUGAGGGCAUUUACAAGAAAAUGUUCACUAAAAUACAGAUAAACCUCGUCGACGUUUUAGAAGUUGAUACUAAGAACAUGACAGUACGUUGCGAGCCACUGGUGACGAUGGGACAGCUGUCCCAAACUCUUAACGGCCUUGGUUUGGCAUUGGCCGUAGUACCCGAGUUGGACGGGCUGACUGUUGGCGGACUUGUAAUGGGCACGGGAGUUGAGACUUCUUCGCAUAUUUACGGUCUCUUCCAGCACAUAUGUUUGCAAUAUGAACUUGUGCUUGCUGACGGUUCUGUUGUUACUUGCAGCAAGGAUGAAAACCCAGAUCUCUUCUACGCCGUACCGUGGUCGUAUGGAACAUUGGGUUUCUUAACAUCAGUCGUUAUUAAAGUUGUUCCUGCUAAAAAAUAUGUCCGCCUCGAAUACCAUCCGUACACAAACUUAUCAGAUCUUUCUAAGCGAUUCAAAGAAGAAUCUAUGAAAAAGGAUGCUCAUCGAUUUGUCGAAGCUCUGCUUUACUCCAAAGACAGUGGUGUGGUGAUGGUUGGUGACAUGGUAGACGAAGUAGGGAGUGAUGGAAAGCUCAAUCCAAUCGGCAUAUGGUACGCAGAGUGGUUUUUCAAGCAGGUCGAAAAACAUUUGAACAAAUAUCGUCGAGGAAGUAAUAAUACGAUUGUGGAAUAUAUUCCAUUAAGAGAUUAUUAUCACCGUCACACUAAAAGCUUUUUCUGGGAACUUCAGGAUAUAAUACCAUUUGGUAACAACGUUUUGUUCCGGUAUCUGUUUGGCUGGUUGAUGCCACCAGAAGUUUCUCUGCUCAAACUGACGCAACCCAAAGCUGUUAAAAAACUUUACAAUAAAUCUCACGUCAUUCAAGAUAUGUUGGUACCGAUUGACACCUUAGAGGAAGCGAUUAAUGUAUUUCACCAAGAAUUUGAGGUAUAUCCAAUUUGGUUGUGCCCAUUCAAAGUGUUUAACAAUCCUGGGCAAUUGAAAAUACACUCUGGCGAAUCGCAGAUGUUUGUGGAUAUCGGUGUGUACGGUGUUCCCAAGGCUAAAACUUUUGAAACGGAACCGUCAACUCGUCGAAUUGAACAAUUCGUAACUAAAAAGCAAGGCUUUCAAAUGCUCUACGCGGACACGUACACAACUCUUGAGGAAUUUAGAAAAAUGUUCGACCACACGCUGUAUGAUAAGCUUCGGAAUUCUUUGCCUUAUUGUAAGGAAGCAUUUCCAGAAAUAUACGGGAAAGUUAAUAGGCAUGUUAGAGAGUAAAUUAUUAAGUGAAUAUGGUGUAUUGUUCACAUUCUUACUAUAAUAGUAUAAGUAUUUGACUUAAAUAAAAUGAAUAUAAUGUA